GCCCCCGGCCAGCAGCCGCCGCCCGCCACCUCCUCUCCUCCUCCGCUCUCGCCCCGGCCGCCCCGCGGGCCCCGAACUCCCCGCGCCCCCUCGGCCCCCGGCGCUGGCGGCGCGGCCGGGACCGGCCCGAUGUGGCGCAUGCGUGGUGGCGCCGGCAGGCGCGGGAGCUGCGGCGGCGGGGCCGGCGGCGGCGGCGGGCAGGGCCGCCCGGGCCGGCCUGGCGGGGGUGGCGGCGGCGGCGCGGGCUGGCGAGGCCGGGCGGGCGGCGCCCGACAGCAGCUGGAGGAGCGGUUCGCCGACCUGGCCGCGAGCCACCUGGAGGCCCUCCGCGCGCGGGACGAGCGGGACCGGCAGAACGCGCGGCUGCGCGAGGAGAACGCCCGGCUGCGGCUGGAGAACCGGCGGCUGAAGCGCGAGAACCGCAGCCUCUUCCGUCAGGCCUUGCGGCUCCCCGGCGAGGGCGGCGACGGGGCGCCCGCGGGCCCCGAGGAGGCCGGCACGAACCGGAGGGCGAGAGGCGGCGGCCCCGAGGACGAGCCGGGCAGCCCCCGGGCCCUGCGGGCUCGGCUGGAGAAGCUGGAGGCCAUGUACCGCCGAGCCCUGCUGCAGCUGCAUCUCGAGCAGCGGGGGCCGCGUCCGCGCGGGGACAAGGAGGAGCCGCCUCCGCACGAACCCGACUCGGGCCUCCGAGCCCCGGCCCCGGAGCCCCCCGAGCCCUGGCUGUAGCCCGAGGCCGCGGUCGGGGAAGGGCGGGGCCUCGCGCGGCCACGCCCACUCCGUUCGCCGCUGCCCCCAGCUAGCGCCCGCCCCGGGCCGCGCGCCGCCGCGGAAGCUCGGAACCGCUGUGCCGCCCGCCGCCUGUGCGCCGCCGGGCACUUCCGGGGUCGCUUUGCGCUCAGCCGCCCGAGGUUGAGCCGGCUGCGGGGCCCCCCGCGGUCCCCACGUGGACAGAGCACCUGCUUUCUGCGCCUGCUGGUUUCCAUGGAGACACGCCUAGCAACGGAGGGGCGGGUUUUAAAACAGCGAGAAAGGGGUGCCAGUCAGCACCUCCUAAUGCUUGAACUUUUCUCGGUGUUGUGAGAGCGUGCUGUAUUUUUUCCUCUGUUUCGGUUCUUUGAGGGAUGAAUAAUGCAUUUUGAGUUGGUUGAGUUUGUUGCUCAUUCUUCAGUCCCCUAAAUCCUCCACUUGUUAUCUCUUUUGUGGCCAACGUUCUAAGUGUUUUUUUAAUAAGUCGAUAUUACUUGGAUAUCCUACAAAGUACCACCUUUUUAUUAAAAAGGUAAUAUUUAUAACUUAGGAACUCGUGUCUCCCUUGGCUCUGGUCUUUAUACAUCUAAUAUAUCUGAUUUGUUUAGCCCCUCGGGAUUAUUAAGAAUCUGCUUAUGAGAGAUCCUUUGAGUUGGUAAAUAAAUCGGGUGCAUUAAAUAAGCUAAAAACAUCCCACGACCAUUAUUUGAAGUGUGUUAAAUUUGUACACGUUUGUUUAAGAAAUAUACAUGUAUGUAUAUAUUUUGCAUAUUUUAAUAUCUGGCGUUGGUUAUCCUUUGUAAGCUAUCAUUUUCUUUUUGCUUUAUGUAACAGUGAUCGUUUUAAAUAAUCUAAAGAUUAGGUAGUCUAAACAUUAAUUUUUUUUUUUACGUUUUAGGUGACAUUAGAAAAUAGUAGCUGAGCAAUUGUUUUGACUGUUUACGAAUUUUUAAGAAAUUAUUAUUUGUAUAUCAAAUGCCCCAAAACAAAAUGAUUUAAGUCUUAAUUGUGAUUUCAAUGGCAACAAAAGAAUUGUGAUGUAAUUAAAAUUACUUUAUUGCAUUUUGUUAAUGGAUAACGCUUUACCUACUAAGUAGAGAAGAGGAUACCGUUGUACUUGAUAGGAAUCGUGUGUAAGAGAGUGUUUAAGUGAUCAACACUUCAAGAAAAAAAAAAUCACGGGGAGAGUUUUUGUUAGAGCUAGAAAAAAAGUCAUGAGUUAGAGUUUUUGUUUUAUUUGUGGCAUAUUCUGAAAGUUUCAAAUGUAUACCGUAUUUUACAAAACGAAGUGCCAAGGAAAAUAGUUUUGUGAUUUUUCUAGUCUUGGGUUUUGAAAGCCUCUGGACUUUAAACUUUUGUUUAAAGGUAGUUGAUAUUUAAUUGUGAAUAUUAAAAUCUUCCCCUAUGACUGAGAAAUAUUAGAAGAAACUUGGUGAGACUAGAUGGGUAUAUCAAAAGUAUUUCUAUCACUUUUGCUUCCUUUUUUAAUAGUGAAAGAAAGAAAACAUCUUUAGGAGGCAGUAGGAAUUUAAGAAUAGGAAAAAAGCAUAUCGGCUCUACUAGCUACUUAACUAUAACUUUGGGUUUAAAUUAGUUAAUCUCUCUCAGCGUUUGUUUUUUCCGUAUUAAAAUGAACAUAACAUCUACCUCAAAAUGUGAUAAAAAUUUUAUUGAGAUGCUAUAUGCAAAAUGCCUGCUUCAGAGUGCUCUAUCAAUAAGAAUUAUAAUCCAAAACGUGAAAGUCAUAAAUGCAUAUUUUACUGACGCUUUCCCUUGCUGUCUGUAUUUUGUUCCCAUGUGACUUUAUGAGUAUUAGCAGAGAUAUGUAUAUUUUGAAUGAGUUGACAUUUUUCAUUCCUUCUAAGCAAAUAGAACAGCUAAAGCCCUAUAUAAUAAGGGAAUAAUGCAACAAAAUGUUCAAAAAUAUUUGCCAAUUGUGACAAAAUUGGGAAUAUUCUGCAACCAAGCAAAAUAUUUAGUUUAUGUAGUUUUUAAACACCGUUUGUCUUAAAAUCAUACAAUGAUGUAUGGUGAAAAAAAUUCUGAAAAGUAAUGAGGUGCACACACACAAAUGAGGACUACUUUUGAGCAUUAUUCCUGAAAAGUGUUAAAAAUUCUGAAACCAAAAUGCCCCAUAAGAUGGGUUAAGGCUAAUAUAAAUUUCAACCUUGUUGAAUUUCCCUGCUGAUAACUGAUAAAGCAUUAUGUAGUAAUAUAAAAGAUGUUCUGUUAUAUCAAAAUAAGUACCUAUUUCAGAAAUGGGUAAGUUGAUUUCAGAAAAGUUUAAGCUAGGAUCUAGUUUGGUCUAAAAUAAGCUAAACCUGCAGAUUAUCAUAUGUUGUUACAAUAACAUUUUAUUUUCAUAAUUACAGAUUUGUUCUGCAAUGACAAGAGGGCUUAUAAUUUAUAGAAAUGAACAAUAAAAAUAUGUGUUGUGUUAGCAAACAAAUUCAGUGAGGAGGAUUGGCCUUUUUUUAAAUCAGCAUUUUUAUGGCUGCUACUCACAAAAAUAUACUUUAUCAGGCCAGCCCUGGUGGUCUAGUGGUUAAGUUCAGCAUGCUCUGCUUCGAAGGCCUGUGUUUGGUUCCCAGGCGUGGACCUACACCACUCAUCUGUCAGUGGCAGUGCUGUGGUGGCAGCUCACAUACAAAAAGAGGAAGAUUGGCACCGGGUGCUAGCUCAGGGAAAAUCUUCCUCAGCAAAAAAAAAAAAAUAAUAAAUUAAAAUUAAAUAAACAUAGAUUAUUAAAAAUAUACAUAUGCUUUAUCUUUUUUUCUAUGUGUUGGGAUAUCAAGCAAAGCAGUACAAAAUGAGUACUUAUGUAGAACAUAGAACAAGCCAAGUCCACGCUAAACUUCUUGAACAUUAUAAAUAUUUGAAGAAUACUUGAAAAUGUUCUUGUCUUGUUUAAAUAGUCUUAGACAUAGGUUUGCAAAUUCAUAAG